AUGGAAACCUUUAAGUUUCCUCUUCCUAAGGAAAAGCUACUUCCAGAACAAAUUCUAUGCAGAUCACCAUCCAAUCAGUUACUGCACUCGACAAUAAUUGAUAGAUUCCAAGGUUCUCUGUUGGGUCUUGCUGUUGGUGAUGCACUAGGUGCAAGUGUUGAAUUUCGUCCACGACAAUAUCUUGUCGAUCGCCCUGUGCAAGGCAUGCAAUCUGGAGGAACGUGGGGUCUUCAAGCUGGGCAAUGGACAGAUGAUACUUCUAUGGCAUUGUGUCUUGCUUCGUCACUCAUUAGUCGGAAAGGAUUUGAUCCAUAUGAUCAAUUAGUACGCUACAAGUGGUGGUACAAGCAUGGCUAUUUAUCUUCAAUCGGACGCUGCUUUGAUAUUGGCAGAGCAACACAUAAAUCAUUGGAUGAGUUUUGUCGACGUCAGAAUGAGCUUCAACAACGCUGGAGAAUAAGUGAAGAACAACUGGACAGCUAUUCACAUGAAGAGAUACGUUCAUCAGGCUUUGACGUCAACUGUGGUCAACAAAAUGCAAGUGGUAAUGGUGCAUUAAUGCGUCUUGCGCCAGUACCGCUGUUUUUCCAUCGAGAACCGGCAAAGGCCGUCGAAUUAUCAGGGCAAAGUGCUCGUCUCACACAUGGUGAUCAAAGAGCAAUCGAUGCAUGUCGUUACUAUGCAGCUCUCAUCGUUGCAGCCAUACAAGGCAAGACCAAAGAACAAUUACUCGAUCCUAACUUCUACUUAACACAUCGAGAUUGGUUUGGAAACAAUGAACUUCAUGAAGAAGUACUUGCUGUAGCAAGAGGUUCAUUCAGAAAAGAGGGAUACGAAAUGGGAAUUCGAGGUAGCGGUCAAGUUAUUAAAUCACUUGAAGCAGCUUUAUGGGCAUUUUGGAGUGAUGAGAAAUCUUUUGUAAAAGGAGUACUGAAAGCAGUGAACCUUGGCGAUGAUACGGAUACAACAGGAGCUAUUUAUGGACAACUAGCAGGUGCUCACUAUGGUUCUAAUGAAAUUCCUCAAGAAUGGAAGCAACAAAUCUAUGCAAAAAAUUUAAUUUCUUGCGUUGCUGAAUGGCUACUAGUGUUAGAAGAUCCGCACUCUUUAACACAACCAUCAUAUGGACCAGUAUUAGGAUAUGCACAGUCUUUAAAGCCGUUAUCACAGCAAGAAGUAUCAGGGAAUCCGAACUUUUCAAUACAGCCACGAAAGCAACCACUAACAACUAGGAUGUCUCAAGCAACUAUAACACAAUACGAUCAAUAUAAUAAUACUGGUCAAAACUUAUCAAAAGUCUUGCCAAAUUCAACUUCUUAUCAGUCUGUUAUACGUCCCUAUGCGACUACAAAGAGCACGCCCCAGUAUAAUAUGGAUACUAAAAGACCUGCUUCUACUACUAAUAAAACUGCUGGUAUCAUAAAAAACGUGCAAUAG